GGCUCGGUAUCAUCCUCACAUCAGCUCUUCUCUUCUUCGUUCUCCCCAAAUUUCUUUCCUAGGGAUUUCGCUCGACUAUCUUCACUGCAAUGCCUCCAAUAAACGAUUCGGCCGUGGUUGAUUUCAAUCAUCCAUUUUUCUUACAUCCAUCAGAUACUCCAGGUACUCUGCUCAUCUCUCAUCAAUUAGUCGGAUUGGAGAACUAUAAUGUUUGGAGCAGGUCGAUGCGAAUAGUACUUUUGGCGAAGAACAAACUCGGCUUCGUUGAUGGUUCUUUCCAGAAAGACAGUUACGGUCCUGACUUGCAUCCUCAAUGGGAGAGGUGUAAUGCAAUCUUGCUAUCCUGGAUUCUCAACGCCGUGAGUAAAGAGCUCUCGGCAAGCAUCGUCUUCGCUUCAAAUGCGGCUUCAGUUUGGGACGAUCUGAUGGAGCACUUUGAUAAGGUGAAUGGCUUCAGAAUUUUUUUCCUCCAUCGAGAAAUAGCUACAAUUUCUCAAGGUGAGUUGAGCGUUUCAACUUACUUCACUAAAUUGAAGAUGUUAUGGGAUGAGUAUGUUGCUCUUGUGCCGAUUGCAUCCUGUGAGUGUGUGAAUUCGCAGCAGUACUCCAGGCAUGUUACUCAACAACAGCUUUUUCUGUUUCUCAUGGGCUUGAAUGAGACAUAUUCGUCGAUUCGAAGCCAAAUCCUGCUGAUGCAGCCUCUUCCUUCGGUUAACCAGGCGUAUUCCAUGGUUGCUCAAGAGGAGUCUCAACGAAUCCAACUAUCUGUUAUGCCAAGUCCUGAUUCCUCGGUGUUUUAUUCCAAAGGUUCUGGGAUUCUUGAUCGUCGCCAGUUUCAAGGUAUUUGUGACUAUUGCAAGGUCAAGGGACACGAGAGGGAUAGUUGCUACCGUCUCAUAGGAUUUCCACCAGACUUUAAGUUCUCCAAACGAAGGAAUGCUCAAGCUGCAGUAGCUGUCUCUGAAUCUGCCGCUGUACCUGAACCUGUUGUUGUGUUGACCUUACUAAUGCCCUUGGCAAGUUGAAUUCUUCGGCUCCUCUGGCACUUUCCUUCACCCAGGAGCAGUACAACCAGAUCCUUCCCUUGUUGUCCUCUGCUCCAUCUAUUGAUUCCACUGUUAAUCUGGCAGGUAUUGUUAAUGGACCUCUCAAGUGGAAGGAUGAAGGGGAUUGGUAAGGAGUAUAGAGGGCUUUAUUUUUUUCAGUCAUCUGCUUUACCUACUGAUUUUUCGUCUACACAUAAUUCUUCAAAUGUGCAGUCUCCUGUUUUUUUCUCUAAUAUGUCUUGUGAUUCAAAAUUGU